UCUAAACUAAGUCAAAGUGAAAGCGAUGUGGUGCUUCCACCAGUCUCUGUCUGCACUCAACAGUCUGACUCACAGUUGAAGCUCAGUCUCUGGGAUGUUAGUAUGAUGGCCUCAGUCUUAGUGGUCUUGUCCGCAACCAUUGCUCUCUCUGCUUGCACCUCAUGCCCAAAAGCAUAUCUGGAGGAAAGGUUCCCUGGAGAGUCCUUCAGCCUUCACUGCUCUACCCAAGAGCAACAGGAGCAGCUCGAAUUGCACAAAAUCAGCAAGCAGAAGAGAAUCAGCGUCAUGCAUGUUUUCAAGGAUGUUAAGACCGAUGAUAAGACCGACACCUAUGAUGACCAAUACAAGAACAGAGUGGAGUUUACAGGACCCUUGAAGAAUCUGUCCAUAAUCAUCACAAAUCUGACUGAGGAAGACUCUGGAAUUUACUACUGUCAAUACUCUAACGAGGUAGAUGGGGAACCCAUUGUGAUCAUGUCCAAUGAAGUUGUCGCACUUUUCGUGAAACGGCCUGCUGUGCUCUGCCCCCCUGAGCUUCCCCCUGGCUACCCCACCACCACCCCCACCAUCACCAGCCCCAACUCCACCACCAACUUCCUUCUGGCUUUGUUCUCCAUCUUCACUGCUGUGGUGGUCUUCCUGAUGUUUUCAAUCAUGCUAGUCUUUUAUGUUAUACCUAAGAUCAAGACGUUGCGGGCUCCGCAAGCGGCACAGAACAGAGGGAAUGACUCCGUGUACGAGGUCAUGAGCGCCACGCUGAAGAGAACGUGAUGAGUGGGCCGUGCUACCCCAGAGACAGGCCACACAACAGUCGUGUCUGCUUUUAAGGGUCCAACCUCAACUGGCACAGCUGGUAGGCUCAGAGAGCUGCCAUGAUGGAGGCUGAGUGUGCGUUUGCCGUUUGCGCCACUUCCUUCCAAGUUUCCGCCUCGCAGGGUUGUGGGACCAGAGCUCAGCACCAUAUCAUUGGACAUCACCCACCCUGCACACUACGCCUUCCAGCUACUUCCCUCUGGGAGACGUUACAGGACAGUCCCCUCCAGAACAACCCGCUUCAAAAACAGUUUCAUUCCCACAGCGAUAAACGUUCUGAACUCCAAACGCUGAGGACUGUUAUGGAUUAGGAUGACCCUACUGUAUGUAUUUAUGUAUCUAUGUUGUAUGUAUCAUGUAUGAAUGUGUCUAUGUUAUAGGAACCUGUACCAAGAGCUGUAUACUGAUAACAAAUUCCACCUGGUCAUCUACUGAUUGUUCUGAACUUUUAUCUUUGAUUGCUAAUGUUAAUAUUUGGAAUAUGAGUGUACUUUGUUUUAAAAUGUGCUGUACAUGUCUGGAGAUUAAAAUAUACUGUAUAUUUUAGCAUGUAUAUUUUUUUGGCCAAUGGAAAAGCUGUAAUUAGAGCACUGUGAAGAGAAUGAGAGAGAACUAGAAAAGCACUCAUGAGCGCAGACCUCCGCCAAGCGAAAACAUAACCGCCUUCUGGAUCCAGACGGUGAUACGGAUCACUCUCAAAAUUCAGACCUUCCCCCAUCGAAAUCUACCCAUAACCUUUUGAGUUAUCUUGCGAACAAACAGACAAACAGACAGACAGACAGACAAACAAACAAACAAACAAACAAACCCCAAUGAAAACAUAACCUCAUUGGCGGAGGUAAUAAGUGAGUUGUUUGGAGUGUUCUUUUGUCAGGAAUACUGAUUGACCACAAUGACCAGAGACUGGUAAUCUCCAUUUCAGUGAUUGUGAGACUAUUGGCACCAGAUGGCUGAACCGCUGUUGAUUUAGGUCAGUUACUUUAACUUUAACUUCUAUCAAUUGCUUGAUUAAUACAUCUGUGGAAAGGGACCUGAUGAAUGAUGUUCCAAAUAAUCUUGCUGCUCUUUCAAGCCUUCCAAUAACAUUUAUUAAUUCUAAU